CAGUUUAUAGAAAUGCAAGAUCAAAAUAGGCUUCUGGAAAGUCAAACUUUAAGUUUACAACAACGGCUUAACAACUUAUUGGUAUGUAUAUAGAUGAUUUUCUGUUUUGUUUUGUUUUUCUUGCAAUCUGAUAGAAAACACAUUUCUUGGCCAACAUGGUGCACAUAACCUACAUUAUAUACUACACAUUUGUUCCUUCGACGCAGGGAUCAAUAUAACGGUCGGCCACCGGCCAUUAGCCGAGCAAAAUGCUGAUAUGACCGUCUACUCAUUACUCUGCACGGACAUCAUUAUGGCCGACCGUUUUGUCUCAUUAAUUUGAAUAUUUCUUCCUUUAUUGUUGCAAAUCUUUUUAACAAAACAAAGAUUCCGUCUGCUAGACAACCACAGAAUCUGACUUCGUCACGAUCCACAGAAUCGUAUGUUAAGAAAAAUAUUUUAUGUUAUAUAUACUGUUACUGAGUAAGUUGUCGUUGAUAUUGUGUAAUUUUGUUAACCAUUAUGCAUAUGCAUAUGAUUUUAGAUUUUGGUAGUUAUUACGCCGUUUUGGUUUAUAGUACUGUGACAACUGACAACGUCCCUCUUGAGAAUAAUUAAGUGUCCGAUUAUGUCCGACCAAAACAUGGAUUGGUCUGACAUUGGGUUGGUCAGAAUUAUAUUGAAUUCUGCUUCGACGUAUUCUCCUGUUUAAAAAUAAAGUAGAUUUAGCAAUACUGAGAAUAAUUUUUAUGCACUUAAUUUAAAAAUCAAAGAAAGUGCGUUCCGUAAAGCUUGUUUUCCAUUCCAACCUUAUCGAAUAUCGUAAUGAAACGUAGCGUAUUUCGUGAACACUCGGGCAGAGUUUUAUUGAUAAAAGAGGAAAAUGCAUGUAUGCUGCGGAAAACUGCGGUACGUCAGCAAAGCUUUCGAAUUUUUCUAAUUUAUCAGUCAAUUUAUUGUACAAAUGAACGAAGAAAUGAUCCUGUGUAUGUGGGAUAAUCCUAAUACUCGCUCAAGAUUAGGUUACUACUAAAGAUGAGCCGAUAUAAGUGAAGCCGAUUGUUCAACAGAAGAUAUAUAUCCACCAUCGGCCGAUUAAUCGGCAAAACCGAUAAGUACGUACAGUAGGUAGGUAGGUUUGGUUUUCCUGAUGUUUAGUGUUUUCGACUUGCAUCGCUAGUUUCACUGCAGAUGACCUUUCAGGUUGGUUGUUGCGAAAUUCUUUUUCUGUUUUUCACCUCGAGACAACAAAGAACGCUGCUUUUACAAACCAUGUAGACAUUCAGCCUUCGAUUCGUCUUCCCAAACAAUACUUUUAGAAUGAGAAGCCCUGCUAAACAAGGACGAGACAGACACCGCUGACCGAUCAGAUGGUGAAAUACAAUCGGCCGAUUGUGAUAAGAAAUAAUCGGCUCUGCCGAUGUUUUGCCGAUCAUCGGCACAUCUCUAGUUACUGCCUGGCAGAUGGUGCCGAGCAGGUAGUUCAGGUUGUUCAAUACCACUUGCCCUUAUUUCUAUACUAUUAAAAUAAUUAAAAUCAAUUGGAGAGUGGGCAAGAAUCCCAGUUUUUGUAAGUCUGCUUUGGCUUUUAGCGCAAGAACGAGUAUCAGGCGAAACAACGCCAAGAUUCAAAAACAGUAACAUUUGACGAACAGGUUGCUUUGGCCACGAAACGUAACUAUGAUGGUAAACCAAUGGACCAUUUGCAUUAUAGACUAAAUUUUGAUCUAAACAAGUCUAGACAUCACAGCUUGAAAGAGCAUCACAAAAUUAGUAAUAUUCCAAAGUUUCUUUGCGAAAUGUUGUAAAAUGCGGAUAAUAUAGCCUUACGAAGUUUGCCGUUUUUCAGUCAUUUUGCAUUACGCGGGGGAAAUUGACAGCCCUGUCAAUUUCCCGUUUGUAAUACAAAAUGACUGAAAAACGGCAAACUUCGCAAGGCUAUAUUAUCCGCAUUUUACAACAUUUCGCAACGAAACUCUGGAAUAUUAGUAAUUUUGUGAUGCUCUUUCAAGCUGUGAUGAAAUUUUUGUCUAGACUUGUUUAGGUCAAAAUUUAGUCUAUAAUGCAAAUGGUCUAUUCCGCUGUAUAUAUUUUCUGUACUGUACCAAUGGGUUAACACUUUAUAAGAUCACCCAUGGGACCCAUGGGUCAACACUUUAUAAGAUCACCUAUAUGGGUCAAUUAAUUGAUAGAGUCCAAUUUCCAAUGAAUAACCAGUGUUGUGACCUACAGGUAUGAUUUUCAUAUAAAAUAUGUUAUUGUACUGAUCGGUACAAGGCGAGUUAUAUUUGUAGCCUGCAAGUGUUGCCUUUUUUAUUUUUCAGAUAGCUUAAAGGCUUCAGCUGCUUCAAAGGUACUGCUCUUGGAAUUUUUGCCUUGAAAAUUACAACCUUGAAAUAAGUAAAUAUACUUAGAGUAGGAAAUGCAAUAUUACAACAUUUUGGAUUUCCAAUGCAAAUUUGUAAAAAAUGUUAUAUAUUUCAUGAUGUAGUUCAGUGUAUCAGGAAUACUCGAUGUUUUGUCAUGUCUCUUCAUAUGGGUAUCUGAUUCUCAACUCGACUAUGCUACAACACAUUCCUCUGAAGAACGUGAACAAGAAGGAAAAACUAAUUUUAGUGAAGCUGUGUAUGGAAAAUGUGUCAAGGUAGGAACUUUCUGGUCAGUUUAGGUUUUUCGCGAUUGGUUAUUAUCUUUUCACGUGACCACCUUUGUAUCUAUAUAUAGACAAGCAGAUUGCUAAAUCUGUUUCUUUCUUGCUAGUAUAAGCUCUCCUCGUGGUUCAUAAAGGACAUUCGCCUUUAUGAAUUAAGACAUUCAACGUUUUUCAAGCUAACCAGAAUCAACAACAACUGCAUGAGUCCUAUAUCUUUUAUCAUGAUCGAUGGAAUUUUGAAUCAGAUUAAUUAUUUUUAAAUUCAGUCUUUUAAAUGUCUGGAUAAAAAUCACAAUGUUUAAGAUAUGCAAUAGGUUUGAUCGGCAUGCAUCCUUUGACAGUUUAAAGCUCGUAUUCAAUCAAAUAUACUUUUUCGAUAAUUACGUCACAAGUAUUUCCUUCUUAGUCAUGAGUAAGACGAAGGCGAUUCGCUCGUGAGAGCAUAGACAAUCCAGAAGACAUUCUGGAUUGUCUUCUGGAUUGUCUAUGGUGAGAGUUCCUAGGCCAAGGGAGAUUUGUGACGUGAUUAUCAAAAGGGUGUACUGAAUUUCAGGUGCUUUUUCACACUUUCGGAUGUAGAAAUUUAACUCAUUGAGCGCCAGCGCUCUCCCUUUGACGAGUCAAAUCGUCUGGCGUUAGAGUAAAAUAAUAAAGAAGGGCGUAUUAGGUAAGAUGUGACGUUACACGGAUUAUAAUAAAUUUAACGACGUUUAAUUUUUAACGUGACAUUUAUAUUUCUAGAUUUUGCCACCUUUAGCCGAUCUUCUUUCAUAUCUUCCUGCUGUAAAUCCAAAUGUUAUGUAUCCACUAUUGAAAUUUAUAUAUUCAGUGAUUUUAUACAUGGAACAUUCACCUCGAGGAACACAGGUAACCAAUCUACGCCAUGUUUUCCUGAUAAUACUGUAUAUUUCUUUUGCGUACAUGCACUUAUUCUAAAAAUUAUAAAAAUUGUUUUUGCUCCCACAAUUUAGCGUGCUAGCACCUAAAAUUGGACACAUCAUCAUAAAAGCAAUUUUGUUGGGAAAUGAAUUCUUCGUAUUUCAUUCUAUAGAAAUCAGUACUCGUAUCAACAUUACGUAGAAUUGGAGAGGAAUUGUACAAACCUGAGGUAAU